UAUGGUCUCGUGCUUCCUACCUGGAAGGUGGGCCAGCGAUUAGUACCAGCUAAGAUACAGGCUCAGGUGUGGCCACCGGCCAGGUUGACCAUGGCCCUUUCUGUGGAGACGGAGUCGCACAUCUACCGAGCUCUACGCACUGCCUCUGGGGCGGCUGCCCACCUUGUGGCCCUGGGCUUUACCAUCUUUAUAGCCGUGCUUGCCAGGCCUGGCUCCAGCCUGUUCUCCUGGCACCCCGUGCUUAUGUCUCUGGCUUUCUCCUUCCUGAUGACCGAGGCACUGCUGGUGUUCUCUCCUGAGAGUUCGCUGCUGCGCUCCCUCUCCCGGAAGGGCCGAGCCCGCUGCCACUGGGUGCUGCAACUGCUGGCGCUGCUCUGUGCACUGCUGGGCCUCGGCCUUGUCAUCCUCCACAAAGAGCAGCUUGGCAAGGCCCACCUGGCCACCCGGCAUGGACAGGCAGGGCUGCUGGCUGUGCUGUGGGCGGGGCUGCAGUGCUCAGGCGGGGUGGGGCUGCUCUACCCCAAGCUGCUGCCCCGAUGGCCCCUGGCGAAGCUCAAGCUGUACCAUGCCACUUCUGGGCUGGUGGGCUACCUGCUGGGGAGUACCAGCCUCCUGCUGGGCAUGUGCUCACUCUGGUUCACUGCUGCUGUCACUGGGGUGGCCUGGUACCUGGCUGCGCUAUGCCCUGUCCUCACCAGCUUGGUCAUCAUGAACCAGGUGAGCAACGCCUACCUAUACCGCAAGAGGAUGCAACCGUGAGCUCGUGCCAGCCUGGCGGAAGCCUGGAUCUGCCUCAGUGUGGGAGUCAGGGCUGUGGACGUCCUGUCGCUCAGCUGGUGGGACUGGGGGCACCCAGGGCACUGGACCAGUGCUGGCUAGGAGGAGCCGUGUGUGUGCACUCUGUCUCCUCAGCUGCCCUCAUGCUGCGUAGCUCUCCUCCUUCAAUCGCCCUCAUCUCCGAGGAGCACAUGGAUGAUGUACCUGGAUGAACUUGGGCUGCAAGACGGCCUCCAGCGGUACAGCUUAUAGCUGCACUGCAAUGUCCAGAACUUAUAGGAGAGAAAAUAAAUAAAAGACUGAAAAGACUGA